GUCAAGAGUGUUGUCAGUGACGUGACGGGAUUCUCUUCGGUUGCCGGGUCACUGGUUCUGGGUUGAGGGAUCCAGAAUUUCUCUGCUGCUGAAGCUGAGCAGUUACUGUAUAUCAUUCCUGAUGACGACAAUGACUACAUUCGGUACUGGAUGGACGUACCGCCAGGCUCAAAACUAUUUCCUGUCUGCAAACAUGUUUCUAGUGUAUUGACGAGUACCAUGUUCAGUCUGGAUGGAAAGGUAAGCAUUUGACGAAUAAGCAAGGACUGAUGAGAGAUGGUUGAAGGAGGGAUCAAAGCUAGAUGAUGAGGAAAUGAUCAGAGAUGGAUGAGAAUAGAGGAGUGAGUGAUAAAUAAUGCAGGAAGAAUGAGAGAUGGGUGCUGAAGGAAUGGUGACAGAUAUAUGAUGGAUGGAUGCGAAGGAUGCAUGAUAGACAUGCACAAUAAUGGGUAAUGGGAGAAGGAAAGAUGAACAACAGGAAGGAUGAGAGAUGGAUGAUAAAGGAAGAAUGCCUGCAUAAAGUUCGGAUGGUGUCUGUAUUUUCAGACAGGUUAGAGAUUCCCUCAAGUCAGAGUCAUCUUGUAUCCUUCCCACCCGAAACAUUUCUCUCCCACGACCCUUGAACACCGCUCUGCCGUCACGUGAUACUCUCGGCUAAGACAGCAGUGACGUCCUGGAGCUCCGUCAGUGGAGCGGAGUCUGGCUGUCAUCCUGGCUAGCGGACAGUCUCACUCUCUCACCACCGACAAAAUCCUCCAAAUAUCGGUGACGUCCACACGGCAAGAGAACACUCGAGGAGGGAACGCGGAGCCUGGAGUCCUUGGCGGGGAGCCUGUGGCGUUUGGUCCGAGUGGACGGAGAGACCGCGGCUCUUCAUCACUUCUGGACUCGUCUGUAGCCGGAGAAAUGAGGAGGGUUGCUGCGGCCAGGGGCAGCAGGAGGUUGUAGCAGCGUUAGUGAGGGCCACAUCGCAGAGGGAGGUGCCCAUGGCGGCUGGAAGAGGACGCAUCCUCCAGCAGCAGAGCGCAGCAGCCUCAGCACCAUGACGAGGAGAACGCAACACAAGGAGUCGAUCCCUUUGUGUCCAGCAGCGGAUCGUGACAGGAGACCAUCACUGCAGCUAGAGAUGUGUCAGCGAGUCAUUCCUGUGAGAACAUAGUCGUCUCCCCUGCUGUACUUGUAAGCUGACGACACCAGCUGGCCUUGGCUCCACUGCCAAGCUCACAUACUCUUGGCUUCCACAUGAUCAGGCGACCGCAUGUGACUGCUGCUUGCCCUCCAGCCGCACCUUGAGACCCAGACCUGCAACAUGCAGUGGCGACGGCGGCACUGUUGCCCCGUCACAAUGUCAUGGACGACCAAGCGUUCCCAUUUCCGCACCCACGUGGCAGGACUUCUGAUGUUGGCGCUGCUCUUUACCCUGCUCUUGUUCUUUAGCCAUCAGGACUGGCUACCCGGGCGUAGUGGGCCACGAGAAGGUCCUCUGGCAUACACAGUUCGAGGUAUUAGGAGUCCUAGAGGGGAGAGCAAUCAGAGCAGCUCGCUCAGGAGUCUCUGGAAGGAGGCUGGUCAUUCACUGCAAAAGUCUCCGCUCAACUUGAGCUUGCAUCAGGCUGAGGGGGAGGGCGUCCGUGUGGGCGUCAUGGGGCUGGGUGACUCUAUGAGCCCCAACAACAGUCUACAGGAGGAGAUGGGUGUGGGAGGGAGACUCAGUGCGCAGCCAUACCGCUACAUCCUCAACGAGCCAUUCAAGUGCAGGGACACCACGCCGUUCCUCAUUUUGCUCAUUGCCGCAGAGCCGGGUCAGUCCGAGGCCCGGGAUGCCAUCCGACAGACAUGGGGCAAUGAGAGUGUGGCGGGGGGUCUGACUUUCAUCCAUUUGUUCUUGCUCGGCACUGGUCAGGGCCCAGACGCCUCUGUGCAGAGCACUGUGGAGGAGGAGAGUCGUGCUCACCACGACAUCAUCCAGCAGGACUACCAGGACACCUACUACAACCUCACCAUCAAGACAUUGAUGGGACUGAACUGGGUCGCCACCUUCUGCCCACACGCUUCCUACGUGAUGAAGACUGACUCCGACAUGUUUGUCAACACAGAGUACCUGAUCCAAAAGCUGCUGAAGCCAGAUGUGCCGCCGAGACGGCGCUACUUCACUGGCUACUUGAUGAGGGGCUAUGCCCCAAACCGGAACAAAGACAGUAAGUGGUACAUGCCUCCUGAGCUGUACCCCAGUGAACGCUACCCCAUAUUCUGCUCCGGAACAGGAUAUGUGUUUUCGGGUGACAUGGCGGAACUCAUCUACCAAGCAUCAACAGGGAUUCGUCGGCUCCACCUGGAGGACGUUUACGUCGGAAUCUGUUUGGCGAAGCUGCGCAUUGACCCAGUGCCACCGCCCAAUGAGUUCCUGUUCAACCACUGGAGGGUUUCAUACUCCAGCUGCAAGUACAGCCACCUAAUAACAUCACACCAGUUCCAGCCCAAUGAGCUCAUCAAGUACUGGAACCACCUGCAGAGCAACAAGCACAAUGCCUGCAUCAAUGCAGCCAAGGACAAGAGCGGACGCUUCAGGCAUCGCCGCUUUCACGCAGACCGACUGCCAUGACCGUGCCGGCAGCCCCUGCAGGGUGCAGCCAGCUCAGCACCAUUUCGGAAAAGCACAUUGUGUACAGUUGACGACACAAACUAUUUUUUUAAUUCAAAAUACUGUGACUUGUUGUUUUUAUGUCAGGCACUGGGGGCUGGUGUGACCGUGCCAGGAGAAGAGUCAGGGUCAUGUGACAAACUACAAAUACAAAGUUGCUCAAAUGUUUACAGUGUGAAGUCAUAUGACUUAAUGCAAAGUCAGUGUUCAUGUUUCGGAGAACUGUUCAAUUUAUGACUGAACUUGAAUUGACGUCCGUGUCGGAGAUUGUAUUUUAUAUAGCAGCGAAUGUGAGAUGAAAUGUCUGAUGAUUAAAUGCUGAGUUCAACUUGCGUGUUUCUUCCUCUUUCUAAUCCAGUGUACACCAGGAAAUGGCUCUCCACUUGCCUUGCUACCCGUUACCUUAGUCUGCUAGGUAGCCCAGUGUUUUGUUCCUCUUUAGUCUCAGAAGACUGGAGCCGAAGAAAACGACUGACUUGGUGUCACGGUUUGAGGAAGUUUGACCAGGUACAGAAUGAAGAGAGCCAUGGUAGGACUGAUCCUGGGUCACAGUUAAUGGAAUGUGAUGAUCCGACACUGUCAAAUGCUGAAGAGAGAUCUGACAGGACCAGGACAGUGCAUUUCUACAGUCUACAGACAUCAUGUCACUGGACACGUUGAGCAGGGCGUUUUUUUCUGUGGAGUGAUGCUUAUGAAAACCAGACUGAAAAGUCAGUUGUUCUGAAUUUUUUGGGAUCUGAAGGAUCCAGAUUUGAUUUUAUGAGUUGUGGUUCCACAAUGGCAUUUUAUUAUUAAGAAUUAGAAAAGACACUAGUAGAGAGCGACAGGCUGAUCACUCUGGUAACCCUGGGGCCAAUGAUAUGAAAUGCAUUUAAAAGGAGUUUACAAGGCAUAACAUGUUAUGAACAAAAGGAAAGCUUCAUUCUGGUUGUGUUACAGGUUAAAAAGAUGACCACUUACAGCGUACAGGCUCAUUAUCAGCAGGGUUACAAUUAGAUGGCGCCGGAAGCUGGAACUUUAUGUCCCAAAAUUUACCAAUAAAGAACUUCAUUCUUCAAAAGAAAUUAAUUACAGUCAGCCAUGCAAAAUACAGGUGUAAGAGCUGAAGGUGUCAAACAGCACUUUUUAUUCAUGAUGACCAGCUGGCGGAGAUAGUCAGACCUGGCAUUUUUGCAUAGUUUCAUUUAAAGAAAAUCCAAGCUCCUUGAGAUGCCGCAAGUUUAAUUGACUUCCACAGACGCUCAGUUUUGUCUCCUCAUAUUCCGAAUUAAUCUAAGCAUAAACUGCUUCUUGAGACACAAGAUUAGAUUGGACAGAUCUAAAAAAGAUGAAGUGACUGUUAAAGUUAUUAAUAAAGUUGUCCACCUCAUCACGUUCCAAGAACAAAAGAAUCAUACAUAGCAGAAAAUCUGGCUGCAGCAGGCUCAGUUAUGAUGCGUCUCGGUGACCUAAUCCCAGAAGGCACAAGUUCAGGAGUGAAGAGCAGAUCUAAUACACUCACAGAAAGACAAAGCGCAUCAAGGGAACUCAUUGGUGAUGCUCAACAAAACUGAUGAGAGUCUGAGUAAACUUGGUGCUGCAGAUUUAAAGUGUCACCGGCCAAUGAAACAGACAUUCGAUGAAUGCUGUAUAUCCCAAAAUAAUUGUGAAAGGACUGAUUUCAAUAAGACUUGCCAAGAGCCAGGAGAUUCAGAUGAGGCCUUCAGCACUGCAGAGCACUGUCAACAUGGCCCAUCGGAGGACGAAUUGAUCUGAGACAGGUUGGUGGUGGGGUUAUCCCAUUGCCUUUCUGAAAAAUGAACAGUGAACUGACACCAGAAAAAGCUGUCACUGCAACAAGACAACAUGAGGAAAAGGAAACAGCAGCCAAUGGUGAGAGAGAGACUCAUUCUCAAUAAUGGAAAUUGGCCAGCGUGGACUGAAAUUCCAGAAAAAGGUCACACAGAGAACACCCAUCUGGAAAAGGACCAGCACACUCCCGGAACAACUACUUUGCACACGAAUCUAUAUGUAGUAGAUGCGGACGAAAAGGACACUUUUUCCAUUUGCAAGCCAGGUAGAGUAGGUGCUGUCAAGGAAGAAAUGGAAAAGACUGUGAAAGUGAAUGACCACACCACAAUAUCCACUCCUCCGCCUGGGUUUCCUGCUGUCUCUGACCCGCAGCAUCUGCAGCUAAUAGAUGGCAUUAAAGAGUCAGAGGCUGGGUUGACGAAAAGGGGAAUAAAAGAUUGGGCGGAAGGCGGACGCAAAGCCCAAUGUAUUGCUGCUACUUCGAUAUUUACCAUAUAGCUUCAGAGAAAAUAGGGGUAACUAUGCCCAUCGAAGAGGCCACAGAAUGGUGCACAGGCAUGGUAGUGGCACCAAACCCACAGGAAGAGACCAGAGGCCAGCCAUGGGCAAAUCCCUGGCCAAGCUGGCAGGGCAACACUCAAACUGGACGCCACAGCUGGACUCUGACACCCUUACCGUGCGGCACCUGAACAUUUACAAAGGAAGAGACACAUAUGUUGGCCAUGACUGGAAGGGAUGGUACAUCAUACCAACAACAUCCUCGUUUUUGGAUCAACCCUUGAGCAUGACCUCAGGCAAGAUAGAGAUAAAUUGUUGACAUAGAAAGGAAAACAAACAAAAGAUAAAGUCUGACCAGUAACUAAAAGGGGGGAGAUGUACUGUAGCUGGAGCAAAAGGGCAGGAACUACAGAGUAGGAACGCAUAGAGUGACCGACCGAUCAUGACGAUGUCAUAAAUGCCCAUAUCGGCACCAAUAAAUCGGCCGGCUGUUUGAUCAAUGCACCACUAAUUCUGUGACCAAUAAUACUAGUGUGAAUGUCAAGUGUUCGGUGGGAAAUUAUCCAGUUUCACCCAAUUUGUCCGGAGAUGGAGGUGGACGAUAUGACAACAUUAAACAAUAGGAACCUGCUGACGUGAGGAGAUUACAUGGAUUCGGUAACAUUCUUUCUACACACUAUAGAUGGAUGCUGACUCUACUCGUCCAUCACUCACAGUGCGCAGUGUGGUGCGCACUGCUUCUUUUCCCUCACAGCGAAGAAGCAGGUCAAAUGCGCAACUUCAAGUUCUUUUUUUACCUGAUGCGCCUCUAAUGUAACCACACACCUUCACGACAGAAUGAUGGAUUGUUCCUUGGCGGACCCGCGACGCCAAAGGCAUUCUCUGCCGCAGCACUAACAUAGCUAACAGAGCUAAUAGCUAAUGGCCCUUCAAAGCUUUAUUAACUCUCGCAAACUGUCAGAAUUUUCUUUGUGGUUUUGGUUAACAUUCAAAUAAAUUUGCUCCAAAAUGAGAAGACCGAAAGAAUCACUGUUGUUGUGAAGCCAGCUGAGGCAAAGAAUAUUAUUAUUAUUAUCAUACUAGAAUAAAAUCAUGCAAAAGACAUUGUGGUAAAAUUGAAGAAAAACAAAACGUGUCUGCAAAUAACAUGCCAAAAAGUGUCAGUAACUACAAAUUUUCACAAAUGAAAAGGGAUUUUCUACAGGACUUUCGACUGGGCACAAUCGGCCAAGGAUUCAUUGGUGGUGAGCCUUGGGAUUUUUUCAAUGAACAAAAUGUGCCGUGGCUAGAAAAAAGUUGAAAAACACUGCUAUAAAGGACACAAAUUUGGCACAGGCAUUGAGAAAUGACAGAAGUUGUUUCAGGUUCACUGAUAUCCAGCCCCUUGCUAGUGUCAGUUAACUUAAUACAGAAAUGUAAAGUUCAGAAAAAAAGACUUACUUUGGUCUGUGUUUACAGUACUUGAAUAAGAUGAUGCUGUCCAGGUCUGAGAGAACAGAUAUUUCAUCCAUGCUAUAUGUCAGAUGCUGCACUGUAGCAUAUUUGACAAUAAAGUUACCUAACCUAACCUAAUGUUUUUGCCCUCUCAUUAAUGUGUCACUACCACUUAAAUAGAGAAUAGAAUAUACAAUACACUACUUUUGGAAUUCAUUAUUCUGAACAGUUGUGUUGUUGCUGCAUACACACAAGAAGAUAUGUGCUUAGGGGUGCACAAGGGUUUAUUGGUUCUUGGCAUCACAGCUUGACCAUUUGUGUCAUUCAGUACUCACACUUCAUGGGGAAGUCUGAGGUCAUUCCUUGCACUUAAGUUGACCCCAGAACCUCUUUAUAAGAGAGGGCUUCUUUAAAACACUUGAGUCUUUCAUGGACACUUCCGUUAAGUUUGGAGGCUCAAGGUUGGCAAAGUCUCCUUUUGUCUGCUCCAUCAGCUUCAGAGGAUAAAGAUCCGCUUUACUUGAGCUCCUGGGUCUUACCUUCUUGGUGCGGCGGCCUUUGAUGAGCAGCUUGAUCUCUCGAGCUACACGCGCCAUUAUCUUCCUGCAUAGCCUACACGUGGACAUCUGGCAAAAGUUGGUGCCCGAGUGCCGACUGUGUAGCGAGUUCUGGAUGUUCUCAGACAGUAUGCAGUUGACCUCCUCUGUGACAGUGUUCAAGAUCCCGUCUUUGAUUUCGGGCGGAGUCUGAAUUGUCGUGUUCUCGUCUGCCAGGUCAGAGAUGGCAUUUACCAGGAACAUCUUAAAGUUCUGAUCAGUCGACUCCUUUACAAGGCUAGAGGUCCUCUGCUCAAGGUCAACCAUGAGGGUCACGGAUGGACCGCAGCUUGCUGGUGAGGACGUCACAUCAGUAUCUUGGCAGUUAGCCAGAGAGACAAAGGCCCUUGUCGCCAUUUCGAGGACCGACAUGCACAUGCUGACUAGUUGCUCCUUCACCAUCAGGUUGUCUAUGCCGUUGCUCAUCUCUCGAAGGUUUCUGAAAACCACAAGGCAAGAUAUCUCUUAGCACAGAACAAAAUCAGAGGCGUGGCAGUAAGUGGCAACCAAGGUUGUUGAUGUUUACCUUUCUGAGAGGCCAUCGAAGAACUGUCUCAUGAUGACAUUCAAGACCUUCUUCAUUUCCAUCAGCGGGGACACGUCUGGAACGCCCACCAUCAAAGGCUCACUAGAUUUUUCCUCUACACACAGAGACGCAUCGAUCUCUAAUGGAGCCUGUGGAUAAACUUCUUCAAGGGCCGGCCCCAUGUUACUGGUGAAAAGCUGAGGUGUGCCUUCCAUCUCUACUCUGACAGGUUGCCCUGGGUAUUCCUGCGCUUCAGGCAGUGAGGUUGACUCAGGGAGCGUCAGGAGGGCCAGUCGGGUAGCAUCGGGUAAUUGUCCUCCAAAGGAGUCUGAGACAACCAUCCAUGUCAGUGACUCAUCCUGCCCUUCCUGGUAAGACACUUUUGAGACAAAGUCUGUCGAAGAAGUUAUGAAAGCUGUAGGAACCGGUGCUGAUGGAUCAUCUUCAAUAAGGGAAGGAAUAAAUACGACUCUGUUCUCCUCCACAGUUUGAUCUACAUUUGCCUUCAUUUUUUCUAGAGGGCUUUCUGAUCUGACUCGUUGUAAAUACGUGGAUGAUGAUGUUGGAAGAAAAGUGAGGUCUAGCAAUGGCAUGUCUUCAAUGAUGGGUAUGGAGGUCCCAGGAAGAUUAGUGUUUCUUUCUGUAGUUUGUGGAUCUUUGUCGUCAUGCAGUGUCACAGCUCCUAACUCGGCAGCCAUAUUGAUCCAGUCCCUCCCCUCUGAUAGUUUCAGAUCACUGUCUAUUGCAUCUUUCACCAACAUCCCUGCAUGAACUUCUGAAGUGGGGACUUGCUCAUAAACAAUCUGUGCCUGCUGAAGGAACGUGGCAGGUGUAGAACUUCUUGAGGGAGCCACAGAGAAGACAGAGCCCUCAGGAAGUUCUGAUCCUAUUCCAGAGUCUUCCCUAAUGAUGUCUUCCACAAGAUUUGAUGGCUUAAAUCCUGACGUUUUGUCAUCACUGUCUAACAAAAAGAAGGCAGUAGUUGAUGGAGCCAGAGGAGGCACCUGUGGGGUUAUUUCCACUUCCACAUUACCAUUUGUAAAACCUAUGAGCCUCAUUGACGAGGCCAGAGGGUUGCAAACUGCUGCUGCUUCGGUGGGAAAUUAUCCAGUUUCACCCAAUUUGUCCGGAGAUGGAGGUGGACGAUAUGACAACAUUAAACAAUAGGAACCUGCUGACGUGAGGAGAUUACAUGGAUUCGGUAACAUUCUUUCUACACACUAUAGAUGGAUGCUGACUCUACUCGUCCAUCACUCACAGUGCGCAGUGUGGUGCGCACUGCUUCUUUUCCCUCACAGCGAAGAAGCAGGUCAAAUGCGCAACUUCAAGUUCUUUUUUUACCUGAUGCGCCUCUAAUGUAACCACACACCUUCACGACAGAAUGAUGGAUUGUUCCUUGGCGGACCCGCGACGCCAAAGGCAUUCUCUGCCGCAGCACUAACAUAGCUAACAGAGCUAAUAGCUAAUGGCCCUUCAAAGCUUUAUUAACUCUCGCAAACUGUCAGAAUUUUCUUUGUGGUUUUGGUUAACAUUCAAAUAAAUUUGCUCCAAAAUGAGAAGACCGAAAGAAUCACUGUUGUUGUGAAGCCAGCUGAGGCAAAGAAUAUUAUUAUUAUUAUCAUACUAGAAUAAAAUCAUGCAAAAGACAUUGUGGUAAAAUUGAAGAAAAACAAAACGUGUCUGCAAAUAACAUGCCAAAAAGUGUCAGUAACUACAAAUUUUCACAAAUGAAAAGGGAUUUUCUACAGGACUUUCGACUGGGCACAAUCGGCCAAGGAUUCAUUGGUGGUGAGCCUUGGGAUUUUUUCAAUGAACAAAAUGUGCCGUGGCUAGAAAAAAGUUGAAAAACACUGCUAUAAAGGACACAAAUUUGGCACAGGCAUUGAGAAAUGACAGAAGUUGUUUCAGGUUCACUGAUAUCCAGCCCCUUGCUAGUGUCAGUUAACUUAAUACAGAAAUGUAAAGUUCAGAAAAAAAGACUUACUUUGGUCUGUGUUUACAGUACUUGAAUAAGAUGAUGCUGUCCAGGUCUGAGAGAACAGAUAUUUCAUCCAUGCUAUAUGUCAGAUGCUGCACUGUAGCAUAUUUGACAAUAAAGUUACCUAACCUAACCUAAUGUUUUUGCCCUCUCAUUAAUGUGUCACUACCACUUAAAUAGAGAAUAGAAUAUACAAUACACUACUUUUGGAAUUCAUUAUUCUGAACAGUUGUGUUGUUGCUGCAUACACACAAGAAGAUAUGUGCUUAGGGGUGCACAAGGGUUUAUUGGUUCUUGGCAUCACAGCUUGACCAUUUGUGUCAUUCAGUACUCACACUUCAUGGGGAAGUCUGAGGUCAUUCCUUGCACUUAAGUUGACCCCAGAACCUCUUUAUAAGAGAGGGCUUCUUUAAAACACUUGAGUCUUUCAUGGACACUUCCGUUAAGUUUGGAGGCUCAAGGUUGGCAAAGUCUCCUUUUGUCUGCUCCAUCAGCUUCAGAGGAUAAAGAUCCGCUUUACUUGAGCUCCUGGGUCUUACCUUCUUGGUGCGGCGGCCUUUGAUGAGCAGCUUGAUCUCUCGAGCUACACGCGCCAUUAUCUUCCUGCAUAGCCUACACGUGGACAUCUGGCAAAAGUUGGUGCCCGAGUGCCGACUGUGUAGCGAGUUCUGGAUGUUCUCAGACAGUAUGCAGUUGACCUCCUCUGUGACAGUGUUCAAGAUCCCGUCUUUGAUUUCGGGCGGAGUCUGAAUUGUCGUGUUCUCGUCUGCCAGGUCAGAGAUGGCAUUUACCAGGAACAUCUUAAAGUUCUGAUCAGUCGACUCCUUUACAAGGCUAGAGGUCCUCUGCUCAAGGUCAACCAUGAGGGUCACGGAUGGACCGCAGCUUGCUGGUGAGGACGUCACAUCAGUAUCUUGGCAGUUAGCCAGAGAGACAAAGGCCCUUGUCGCCAUUUCGAGGACCGACAUGCACAUGCUGACUAGUUGCUCCUUCACCAUCAGGUUGUCUAUGCCGUUGCUCAUCUCUCGAAGGUUUCUGAAAACCACAAGGCAAGAUAUCUCUUAGCACAGAACAAAAUCAGAGGCGUGGCAGUAAGUGGCAACCAAGGUUGUUGAUGUUUACCUUUCUGAGAGGCCAUCGAAGAACUGUCUCAUGAUGACAUUCAAGACCUUCUUCAUUUCCAUCAGCGGGGACACGUCUGGAACGCCCACCAUCAAAGGCUCACUAGAUUUUUCCUCUACACACAGAGACGCAUCGAUCUCUAAUGGAGCCUGUGGAUAAACUUCUUCAAGGGCCGGCCCCAUGUUACUGGUGAAAAGCUGAGGUGUGCCUUCCAUCUCUACUCUGACAGGUUGCCCUGGGUAUUCCUGCGCUUCAGGCAGUGAGGUUGACUCAGGGAGCGUCAGGAGGGCCAGUCGGGUAGCAUCGGGUAAUUGUCCUCCAAAGGAGUCUGAGACAACCAUCCAUGUCAGUGACUCAUCCUGCCCUUCCUGGUAAGACACUUUUGAGACAAAGUCUGUCGAAGAAGUUAUGAAAGCUGUAGGAACCGGUGCUGAUGGAUCAUCUUCAAUAAGGGAAGGAAUAAAUACGACUCUGUUCUCCUCCACAGUUUGAUCUACAUUUGCCUUCAUUUUUUCUAGAGGGCUUUCUGAUCUGACUCGUUGUAAAUACGUGGAUGAUGAUGUUGGAAGAAAAGUGAGGUCUAGCAAUGGCAUGUCUUCAAUGAUGGGUAUGGAGGUCCCAGGAAGAUUAGUGUUUCUUUCUGUAGUUUGUGGAUCUUUGUCGUCAUGCAGUGUCACAGCUCCUAACUCGGCAGCCAUAUUGAUCCAGUCCCUCCCCUCUGAUAGUUUCAGAUCACUGUCUAUUGCAUCUUUCACCAACAUCCCUGCAUGAACUUCUGAAGUGGGGACUUGCUCAUAAACAAUCUGUGCCUGCUGAAGGAACGUGGCAGGUGUAGAACUUCUUGAGGGAGCCACAGAGAAGACAGAGCCCUCAGGAAGUUCUGAUCCUAUUCCAGAGUCUUCCCUAAUGAUGUCUUCCACAAGAUUUGAUGGCUUAAAUCCUGACGUUUUGUCAUCACUGUCUAACAAAAAGAAGGCAGUAGUUGAUGGAGCCAGAGGAGGCACCUGUGGGGUUAUUUCCACUUCCACAUUACCAUUUGUAAAACCUAUGAGCCUCAUUGACGAGGCCAGAGGGUUGCAAACUGCUGCUGACUCAUCUGGGACUGACUCAUCUGGGACUGACCCAUCAGGGGCUGACAAAGCAGGGACCCACCAAUCACAGACUGAGACAGCACUGACUGACUCAUCAGGGACUAACACACCAGGGACUAACACGCCGGGGACUGACUCAUCAGGGACUAACACACCAGAGACUAACACGCCAGGGACUGACACGUCGGGGACUGACACACCAGGGACUAACACGCCAGGGACUGACACGUCGGGGAAUGACACGUCGGGGACUGAUACGCCAGGGACUGACAUGUCGGGGACUGACACACCAGAGACUAACAUGCCAGGGACUGACACGCCGGAGACUGACAUGUCGGGGACUGACAUGCCGGGGAUUGACACACCAGGGACUGACACGCCGGGGAGUGACAU